UUCUCAUCAAAGAACCCAUUGGACCCCGGAUGAUAGGGAGUAAAAAAAUUGAAAAACGAUGCAGUGACUUUCGUUGUUGUUAGCUUUUCCCUCCAUCCCCCUCUAAAUUAAUCACGUAAUGUCGAAAUCCAAAUUCCCCAUUUAUUUUUUCACCAAUGGGCAACCUUUCAAGCCUCCGUACCGGGUUCUGAUUGAUCGACAGAAGCUGGAAGAAAACCAGAUCGUAGAACGGAUUAACAGGCUGCAUUACUACAAUGGUUAUGUGGUGUACACACUGUUCGGUGAAUUGCUCCGCUCGAUUAACGAAAUCCACGAGGAUGCUGCCUUUGUGGCUGUGCCUAGAAACGAAUGUUUCCAAGGUGGUCCGUAUGUGAAGGUUUUCAAGGAAUACAUCUCUCAGAAGUUCCCUGCUUAUCAAGAACCUAAGAAACCUAAAACAAAGAAAGCUAUCACAAAACCGCUGGCAACAAGCUAUGGUUGCAAAGCAUCCGGCCCCAAGCAUCGUUUCAAUCAUGGCUGCCGGCACGUUCAUGUAGCCACCCGUUGCCAGGACUUCGGCGCCAAAACGGCUGCUCGUGGCAAACAGGAUGUUUGUGAGUGCGCAAAAUAUGAUCCCCACGGUGAGUGCACGCCACUUCCGGUCGGCCCCAAACGGUUCGUCAAUAAGAAAAAGAAAACCGGUGGAGGUGGACUGAGCAGUUGCUGCCGAAAGCAAGAGGAAACGAAAGAGCCUGUCUACCGGUUAAGGAAGAGAGAUAUAGAGUAUAUGGAAAAGCAAAGGGCCAAGCGUGAAAGGAGAACUCGUAGUAGAGAAAGUCAAAAGCGAGAUUCCUGUAGCUGUCGAAAGAAGCCUUCCAAAAAUGACCAAUAUCGCAAGGAAAGAGACAAAAUGAUAAAACAACGACAAAAGCGAAUGAAACAGGAAGAGCAAAAAGCCCUGCAAGAGCAGAAAGCAGCACAAAACAAAAUCAAAGCUAGAAGAAGAAGAAAAGCUUGCAUGGCAAUGUGCUGUCCAUGCUGCAUUACAAAACCGGGGCCAAUAUGGAGACAGCCGACACCUCACAAUUGCGUGGAACACUUGAAGAUAGCUCGCGACCAAGCAAUCAAACGACGUCGAGCGCUGCAAUUGCAGGAGCAAACGUCCUGGGAAAGCAUCACCUUCCCACCGAAGUUCAAAAAGAAAAUUCGAGGAACUCAAGUCACCAAAGAAGACCUCAAAGAAGCAAAGAAAGCGGCCGGAGGAGGUUUCAGUUGUUUCGGUAAAAAGAAAAAGCCGGAACCGGUUGAAGAAACUGUUUGAGUUUUUCUUUUGUACAAAUACUAAAGAUGCCAUAUAAAAUAUCAUAAAAUAACUGUAUGAGUUUGUGGUUGUAAAACUGCAUUGUCCCUGGGCACUUCACGAUUUGGCUUAUCGACCUAAUUCUAUGAACACACUUCUAACUAACAGUUGCCUUCCCUACUCCUCCUUGCUAAAUCGCCACGGGUUGGGCAGUCCGUUCGGGAAGUGUCUGCUUUGAUCCAUCCGAGCGUACGUA